GACGCGAGACGCCCAGUGGGUAUAAAUACAGGAGCAGAAAGCAAGGAGGGCAUAGCACUGCCUGAGCAUCAAGCAGACGUCUUCUGAAAGCAAUCCUCUAACCAUGAACUCCAUUCGUUCAAUCUUUGUGGUCGCCAUUGUUAUGGCUGUGGUCUGCUCUACCUUGGCCAUGCCUGGUGGAUUAGGCUAUGGAUUAGGCGGACUGGGUGGAGGAUUUGGCGGAUUGGGUGGAGGAUAUGGCGGAGUUACUACUAUUGUCCGACCCGUGGUAAGCAGAGUCGUUACCGUUAGCAAGGGAAUCGGACACGGAGGAUUCGGAGGACUUGGAGGAUUUGGAGGUCUUGGAGGUCUUGGAGGACUUGGAGGACUUGGAGGAUAUGGAGUUCGUUACGGUGGCUAUGGAUGGUAAUAUUUCUCAAUAUGCACCGAAUGAAAAUUAAAAAGAAUGAAUAA